AUGUGGGGCGUGAGAAGUGACCCGCCGUCUGCUCAGCACCUGUCGCAGUGGGACGGAGGCAUUCCCUUCACGGCAGUAUUAGAUGACCUUGCUAACUUGGCCCCUUCGCGGACAGAGGAGGUGCAGCCGCACUGCUUGCUCUCGGGGGUCGAGAGCUCCGGGAAGGAAAACCAGCUCAGUCAGUCUGAGAUUGAUGUUCUAACAUCACCUGACUUCUCCGUGUUUCCUUUUCACUGCUCGCAGAUGUCUCUGUUGGAGCGUUUUCUGGCAUUUACACUCUCCUCUCUUCCCUGUCAGGAUGAUGAAGUGGUGCUCCAGUGUGUGUCCACCGUCGAGAAGGAACAUCGAAAGUUCUGUCUGGGUGCAGAGGGGCUGGGGAACCGUCUUUGUUACCUGGAACCCACAUCUGAAGCUAAGCAUGUUCCUCCAGACCUGUGCAUCUGUAACUUUGUGUUGGAGCAGUCCCUGUCGGUCCGGGCCCUGCAGGAGAUGCUGGCUAACACUGGGCAGAAUGGCGAAGGGAGUGCUGACCAUGACAAAUGGUCGGGUCAAGGCGGUGGACACAGGACCCUGCUUUAUGGACAUGCCAUUCUCCUACGCCACUCCUUUAGUAGCAUGUACUUGACCUGUUUGAAGACAUCAAGGUCUCUAACAGACAAGCUGUCAUUUGACGUUGGACUCCAAGAAGAUUCAAUAGGGGAAUCCUGCUGGUGGACCAUUCACCCCGCGUCCAAGCAGAGGUCUGAGGGGGAGAAAGUUCGCAUCGGAGACGAUUUGAUUCUCCAUCUCUCGAUGUCCAACGGCAACAUUCAGGUGGAUGCGUCUUUCAUGCAGACCCUGUGGAAUGUCCAGCCAACCUGCUCCUCAAGUAACAUGGCUGUCGGGUUUUUGACUGGUGGAAAUGUUUUGCGUCUCUGUCAUGGGCACGAUGAGAGCUUGACCAUCCCUGGAGCAGACAAGAGUGAAGCGGAGCAGAGAAUAGUGAACUAUGAGGCUGGUAAGGGAGCAUCGAGGGCCCGCUCUCUGUGGAGACUGGAGCCUCUCAGGAUCAGCUGGAGUGGAAGCCACAUGCGCUGGGGCCAGGCCUUCCGACUACGCCAUCUCUCUACUGGCCAUUAUUUGGCCUUGACUCAGGACCGUGGACUGGUCCUGCAGGACCGAGAGAAGUCCGACACCAAGGCCACCGCCUUCUGCUUCAGGGCCUCCAAGGAAAAGGGAGAUUCUGGACUAAAGAGGGACAUCGAUGGGAUGGGAGUGCCAGAGAUCAAGUAUGGAGACUCGGUGUGCUUCGUCAUGCAUGUGGCAACUGGGCUGUGGCUGUCCUACCUGGCCCCCGAUGCCAAAUCAUCUCGCCUCGGUCCCCUGAAAAGAAGGGCCUGCCUCCACUCUGAGGGCCACAUGGACGAUGGCCUCACCCUUCAGCUGUGCCAGCAUGAGGAGGCUCGGGCUGCACGCAUCAUCCGAAACACCACAUUCCUCUUCGUCAACUUCAUCAAGGCUUUGGACAGUGCUGAGGCUGGCGAGUCCAUGGCGGUUGGCGGCUACGUGGAAGAGGUGCUGCAGACACUGAACGAUCUGAUCGAGUACUUCAAGCAACCGGAUUCCGAGCUGGAGCACGAGGAGAAACAGUGUCUGCUCCGUUCACUCAUCAAACGCCAAGACCUCUUCAAAGAAGAGGGUAUGCUGACCCUCCUGUCUAAAUGCAUCGAUCGGAUGAACCUGUACGACAGUGCAGCCCACUUUGGAGAGAAGGCCGGAGAGGAGGCGGGCGCAGCAUGGAAGGACAUCCUCAACCUCCUUUAUGAGCUCUUAGCUGCGCUGAUUCGUGGAAACAGGAACAACUGCACCCAGUUUUCUCGGAACUUGGACUGGUUGGUCAGCAAACUGGAGAGACUGGAAUCAUCAUCAGGAAUCCUGGAAGUCCUCCAUUGUGUCUUGGUGGAAAGCCCGGAGGCUCUGAACAUCAUCCAGAGGGGGCACAUCAAAUCCAUCAUCUCUCUGCUCUACAAGCAUGGACGCAACCACAAGAUUCUGGAUGUCCUGUGCUCCCUCUGUGUUUGCAACGGCGUGGCAGUGAGAGCAAAUCAGAAUCUGAUUUGUGACAACCUGCUUCCUAAGAGGGACCUGUUGCUUCAGACUCGACUGGUCAAUGAUGUUCAAAGUAUGAGGCCAAAUAUCUUCCUGGGUGUUGCUGAGGGCUCUGCACAGUACAAGAAGUGGUACUUUGAGCUGGUCAUUGACCAGGUGGACCACUUUGUAACCGGAGAGCCGACCCACCUGAGGGUUGGCUGGGCUAACACUAAAGGCUAUGCUCCAUACCCCGGAGGAGGAGAGGGCUGGGGAGGCAACGGGGUUGGGGAUGACCUGUACUCAUACAGCUUUGACGGACUUCAUCUCUGGUCAGGCCGCAUCCCGAGGGCCGUGGCCUCCAUUAACCAGCACCUGCUCAACUCAGACGACGUGGUCAGCUGCUGUCUGGAUCUGGGUGCUCCUAGCAUGUCCUUCAGGAUCAACGGGCAGCCCGUCCAGGGCAUGUUCGAGGACUUUAACACCGACGGCUUCUUCUUCCCCGUCGUCAGCUUCUCUGCAGGUGUCAAAGUCCGUUUCCUCUUGGGUGGACGCCAUGGUGACUUCAAGUUCCUGCCACCCGCCGGUUACUCUCCCUGCUAUGAAGCCCUGCUGCCCAAGGAGAAGAUGCAUGUGGAGCCGGUGAAGGAGUACAAGAGGGAUCACGAUGGAGUCCGGGAUCUUCUGGGAACCACCCAGUUCCUCUCUCAAGCCUCCUUCAUUCCCACUCCUGUUGACACCAGCCAGGUUGUUCUUCCCCCCCAUCUGGACAACAUUCGUGACAGGCUGGCAGAAAACAUCCAUGAACUUUGGGGAAUGAAUAAGAUUGAACUUGGCUGGACUUAUGGCAAGGUGCGUGAUGACAACAAGAGACAGCACCCUUGCCUUGUGGAUUUCGCUAAGCUGCCUGAAACUGAAAGGAACUACAACCUGCAGAUGUCUAGCGAAACUCUGAAGACCCUGUUGGCUCUGGGAUGCCAUGUUGCCCAGGUCAAUGUUCAUGCCGAAGAGGAUCUGAAAAAAAGCAAAUUACCUAAAGACUACAUGAUGUCUAAUGGAUACAAGCCUGCGCCACUAGACCUCUCUGAUGUGAAACUGAAUCAAGGCCAAGAGGUUCUAGUUGAUAAACUGGCCGAAAAUGCACACAACGUGUGGGCCAAAGACAGAAUCAAACAAGGAUGGACCUAUGGCAUCCAGCAAGAUCUGAAGAGCAGACGUAAUCCUCGCCUGGUGCCAUAUGCUUUACUGGACGAACGCACGAAGAAAUCCAACAGGGACAGUCUGAGAGAGGCCAUCAGGACAAUGGUUGGAUAUGGAUAUGACAUUGACCCCCCAGACCAGGAGGUGGUGCACUUUUCUGACGACCAGAGCAUCGAGACCAUCCGAUUCUUCCGUGUCGAGCAGACCUACGCGGUCAAGACCGGGAAAUGGUACUUUGAGUUUGAGGUCCUGAGCGGAGGAGAUAUGAGGGUUGGCUGGGCCAGACCGGGCUGCAGACCCGAUGUGGAACUCGGAACCGAUGAUCAGGCCUAUGUCUUUGAUGGCUACAGAGGCCGGCGGAUGCAUUCGGGCAGCCGCUACUUCGGACAGCCUUGGAAAAAGGGUGACGUUGUGGGUUGUAUGAUCAAUAUGGAGGACAAGUCUAUGAUUUUCACCCUGAACGGCGAGCUCAUGAUCACAAGCAAAGGCUCUGAGCUUGGCUUCGCUGACUUUGAAACCGAGGAUGGUUUCAUCCCAGUCUGUAGCCUGGGUAUGUCUCAGGUUGGCCACAUGAACCUGGGCAAAGACGCCAGCACUUUUAAGUACUACACCAUGUGCGGCCUCCAGGAAGGUUUCGAGCCGUUCGCCGUCAACAUGAACAGAGACAUCACCAUGUGGUUCAGCAAGCGCCUGCCCACCUUUUUCAACGUGCCCCCAGAUCACAUGCACAUUGAGGUGACGAGGAUUGACGGAACUGUGGACAGCCCUCCCUGCCUUAAGGUCACUCAUAAGACAUUUGGUACCCAGAACAGCAACAGCGACAUGAUCUACUGUAGACUGAGCAUGCCUGUGGAGUUUUAUUCUGCGGACAGGUUACUGGACGAAUCCCUGAAACUCAGCCAUCCUCCAAAAGAAGAUGGAAGUGUUGACUAUGGCAGCAUCACAGCUUACUACCACUCUGUGAGGGUGUUUGCUGGACAGGACCCUACCUCUGUGUGGGUGGGCUGGGUCUCGCCCGACUAUCACUACUACAGUAAAAACUUCGGUCUCGGCAUGACGCGGACUGUCACCGUUACCCUGGGAGACGAGAGGGGCCGGAGGAGCAACUGCUACAUGGUGUGUGCUGCAGACGCCCUCGGCGCAUCUUCAUCCAGCCGCUCCAACUCGGACCUGGAGAUCGGCUGUCUGAUCGACCUGGCCAGUGGCCUGGUCUCCUUUACUGCCAAUGGGAAGGAACUGCCCACAGUUUAUCAGGUGGAGCCAAAUACCAAGCUCUUCCCAGCCGUGUUUGCACGUCCAACGAGCGCAAACCUCUUCCAGUUUGAGUUUGUCAAGAUUAAGGAUGCCAUGCCGUUGUCAUCAGCCAUAUUCAAGAGUGAGCACAGGAACCCGGUGCCUCAGUGUCCGCCCCGUCUGGACGUGCAGACCAUUGUGGCUGUGCUUUGGAGCCGGAUGCCGAACACCUUCCUCAAUGUGGAGACGGCCCGGGUCAGUGAGAGGCACGGCUGGGUGGUCCAGUGUCUGGAACCUCUGCAGAUGAUGGCUGUACAUAUACCUGAGGAGAACAGGUGUUUAGACAUCCUGGAGUUAUCAGAGCAUGAAGACCUGAGGAAAUUCCAUUACCACACACUGAAGCUGUACUGUGCCCUCUGCGCUCUGGGAAACACUCGUGUCGCUCACGCUCUCUGCAGCCAUUUGGACCAAUCACAGCUCCUCUACACCAUCGAUAACCAGUACCUCUCUGGGAUGCUGAGGGAAGGCUUCUACAACGUCCUCGUCAGCAUUCAUCUUGAGACGGCAAAGGAGGCCCGUUUAAUGAUGAACAACGAGUUCAUUAUUCCCGUGACGGAUGAGACUCGCUCCAUCAAGCUGUUCCCGGACGAGUCCAAGCGCCAUUCACUGCCCGGCGUCGGCCUGAGCACCUCGCUCAAACCCCGGGUCAACUUUUCCCCCGUUGGCAUCAUCAACACCAAACGCCAGCAGUACCUCUACAGCCCCCAGAUCCCGCUGGGCAUCCUGAAAGAGAAGGCCAUCAGCAUGCUGACCGAGGCCGUGCAGGGCGGCGGCGCCCACAUCCGGGACCCCGUGGGCGGGAGUCUGGAGUACCAGUUUGUUCCCAUCCUGAGGCUCAUCGGAACCCUGCUCAUCAUGGGAGUCCUGACCAGCGAGGAGGUGAGGCUGAUCCUCCUCCUGAUUGACCCCAACGUGUUCGGAGAGGCCAAGGAAGGCGAGGAGGCGAAGGGGAACGAGGUGGCCGUGACGGGGGAGAAGGAAGACGUGAGCAAGAACGAGGAGAAGGCGGUGGAAGCUGGAGAGGAGGAGACCAAAGAGAGCAAAGCGCCUGCAAAGGGUCUGCUGGAGAAGUCGCUGCCUGAAUCUGUCAAACGCCAGAUGUGUGAGCUGCUGCACUACUUCUGCGACUGCGAGCUGAGGCAUCGCAUCGAGGCCAUCGUCUCCUUCUCCGACAACUUCGUCUCCAAGCUGCAGUACAACCAGAAGUUCCGCUACAACGAGCUGAUGCUGGCUUUCAACAUGUCUGCCGCCGUCACCGCCAAGAAGACCAAAGAGUUCCGGUCCCCCCCGCAGGAGCAGAUCAACAUUUUGUUGAAUUUCAGUGCAGGGGAGGACUGUCCCUGCCCUGAGGAAAUCCAGGAUGAACUCAACUCCUUCCAUGAAGAAUUACGACUGCACUGUGGAAUUCCCGCCGAGGAGGAAGAGGAAGAGCAAGACACCUCGAUAAAAGGUCGCCUGCUGGCUUUGCUGUACAAGAUCAAAGGCCCCCCUCAGAAGACAGAAGAGGAGCCAGAAGAGAAGGAGCAGGCGGCCCCAACCAACCUGAAGGAGCUGAUUUCUCAGACCAUAACAAGCUGGGCUCAGGAGUCUCACAUUCAGGACCCGGAGUUGGUCAGGGUGAUGUUCAGCCUGCUGAGGAGGCAGUACGACGGCAUCGGCGAACUGCUCCGGGCCAUGAAGAAAUCUUAUACCAUCAGCGCUGCAUCUGUGCUGGAUGCUAUUAACCUGCUGGCCUCUCUGGGUCAAAUCAGGUCUCUGCUGUCAGUGCGCAUGGGCAAGGAGGAGGAGAAACUCAUGAUUGAUGGACUGGGUGACAUCAUGAACAAUAAAGUUUUCUAUCAGCAUCCGAAUCUGAUGAGAGUUCUGGGCAUGCACGAGACUGUCAUGGAGGUCAUGGUCAACGUGUUGGGAGGAGACAAGUCCCAGGAGAUCGCAUUCCCCAAAAUGGUGGCCAGCUGUUGUCGUUUCUUGUGCUAUUUUUGCCGCAUUAGUCGCCAGAACCAGAAGGCCAUGUUUGACCACCUGAGCUACCUGCUGGAGAACAGCAGUGUGGGGCUGGCCUCGGAGGCCAUGCGGGGCUCCACGCCCCUGGAUGUGGCAGCAUCUUCAGUGAUGGAUAACAAUGGCCUCGCUCUGGCUCUGGAGGAGCCCGACCUGGAGAAGGUGGUGACAUACCUAGCGGGAUGUGGUCUCCAGAGCUGUGCCAUGCUGGUUGCCAAGGGUUACCCGGACAUCGGCUGGAACCCCAUCGAGGGAGAGCGCUACCUGUCCUUCCUCAGGUUUGCUGUCUUCUGCAACGGUGAGAGCGUGGAGGAAAAUGCCAACGUGGUGGUCAAGCUGCUGAUCAGACGUCCAGAGUGCUUCGGCCCCGCCCUGAGGGGAGAGGGGGGGCAGGGUCUGCUGGCCGCCAUGAAUGAAGCCAUCAAGAUUUCUGAUGAUCCCGCUUUGGACCUGCCCAACACCCCUGUUGGAGUCCCUACAGGCUCUGGCGAGGAGGAAGAGGAGGUCAUUCACAUGGGCAACGCCAUCAUGUCCUUCUACUCCGCCCUCAUCGACCUGCUGGGGCGCUGCGCUCCAGAGAUGCAUCUCAUCAACGCGGGCAAAGGUGAAGCGCUGCGUAUCAGGGCCAUCCUGCGCUCUCUGGUUCCCACCUCCGACCUGGUGGGCAUCAUCAGCAUCCCCCUGAAAAUGCCUGUGGUCAAUAAAGACGGCACGGUGACUGAACCUGACAUGUCAGCAAGCUUCUGUCCGGACCACAAGGCCCCCAUGGUGCUCUUCCUGGACAGGGUGUAUGGCAUCGAAGACCAGAGCUUCCUGCUCCAGAUGUUGGAGGUUGGCUUCCUGCCCGACCUGAAGGCCUCUGCAUCUCUGGACACGGAGGUGCUGAGCACCACGGAGACUGCGCUGGCCAUGAACAGGUACAUCGGCUCGGCCCUGCUGCCCCUGCUGACCCGCUGCGCCGCCCUCUUUGCCAACACCGAGCACUACGCUCAGCUGGUGGACUCCACGCUGGAGACCAUCUACCGGCUGUCCAAGGGCCGCUCACUCACCAAAGCCCAGAGGGACGCCAUCGAGGAGUGUCUGCUCACUAUCUGCAAGCAUCUGCGUCCCUCCAUGAUGCAGCAGCUGCUCAGACGCCUGGUGUUUGAUGUUCCCAUGCUCACCGAAUACUGCAAGAUCCCUCUAAAGCUGCUGAUCAACCACUAUGAGCAGAACUGGAAGUACUACUGUCUUCCCUCUGGGAUGGGCAGCUUCGGAACAGCCUCCGAAGAGGAGAUCCUUCUCACCAAGAAACUCUUCUGGGGAAUCUUUGACUCCCUUUCUCAGAAGAAAUAUGAUUCUGAGCUGUUCAAAAUGGCCAUGUCGUGCCUGUGUGCCAUUGCCGGAGCCCUCCCUCCAGACUUCGUGGAUACCAGUUUAGGGGCGACUUUAGAGAAACAGGGUUCGGUGGACGCACAGGGCAACUUUGACCCCAAACCCGUCAACACUGCCAACAUCUCCCUUCCUGAAAAACUUGAGUACAUUGCCAAUAAAUAUGCAGAGCAUUCCCACGACAAGUGGUCCUCAGAGAAGAUGUCAUCUGGGUGGAAACAUGGAGAAGGCGUUGAUGAGCAGGCUAAAACCCAUCCACUGCUAAAGCCGUACAAAGCUCUGGGUGAAAAGGAGAGAGAGACGUACCGCUGGCCUGUGAGAGAGUCUCUGAAGAGCAUGUUGGCCAUGGGAUGGAACAUUGAGAGGGCCAAGGAGGGAGAGGCUGUGAUUCAACAGCGAGAGAGCGAAAAACAGCGCAAAGUCUCGGAGUCUCAGAUGAAUGGAUUCAGUCCAGCUCCAAUGGAUCUUCACAGUGUCACUUUGUCCAGAGAGCUGCAGGGCAUGGUGGAGGUGGUGGCGGAAAAUUACCACAACAUCUGGGCUAAGAAGAAGAAAUCUGAGCUCCUCAGCAAAGGAGGAGGGGCCCACCCGCUGCUGGUCCCCUAUGACACCCUGACUGCUAAAGAGAAGCACAGAGACAGAGAGAAGGCCCAGGAGCUCUUCAAGUUCCUGCAGAUAAGUGGCUACGCUAUCACGAGAGGCCUGAAGGACAUGGAGCAGGACUCAUCAUCCAUGGAAAAGCGCUUUUCCUACAAGUUCCUGAAGAGGCUGCUGAAAUAUGUCGACUCGGCACAGGAGUUCAUCGCUCACCUCGAGGCUAUGGCCACCAGCGGGAAGACCGACAAGUCCCCUCACGACCAGGAAAUAAAGUUCUUUGCCAAGGUCUUGCUUCCGAUGAUUGAUCAAACCUUUAAAAACCACUGCCUCUACUUCCUGUCCACACCCAGCCAGAACCUGAGCAGCUGUGGCUGCGCCUCCAACAAAGAGAAGGAGAUGGUCACCAGCCUGUUCUGUAAGCUGGCAGCUCUUGUCAGACACAGGAUUUCUCUCUUUGGUGAGGCUGGCAUCGCUUCUGUCUGUAUGCUCGAGAUUAUCCGUAAACCUAAAAGCCCGUCGGUAUUUACAGUGAAUGUCUUUGUGACAGGAAGUGAUUCAGCGGUGAUGGUGAGCUGUCUGCACAUCCUCACUCACUCACUAGACACCAGAACGGUGAUGAAGUCUGGCGCGGAGCUGGUGAAAGUCAGCUUCAAGGCUUUCUUUGAGAACGCAGCCGAGGACCUGGAGAAGCUGGUGGAGAUGCUGAAGCUGGGGAAGUUCAUGCAGUCCCGCGCCCAGAUGAAGAGCGUCACUCAGAGCAUCAACUACGUGACGGUGGCGCUGCUGCCCAUCCUCACCGCCCUUUUCGAGCACAUCAGAACCUACGAGUUUGCCACGGAGCUGCUUUUGGAUGACGUACAGCUGUCCUGUUACCGAAUCCUGAUGUGUUUCUACUCUCUGGGAACUGGAAAGAAUCUCUUUGUGGAGAGGCAUCUGCCGGCUCUGGGAGAGAGUCUGGCAACCCUGGUGGGGGCCAUGCCCGUAGCAUUCCUGGAGCCCCACCUAAACGCCCACAACCCCCUCUCAGUCUUCAACACCAAGACCCAACGAGAGAGAGCCAUCCUCAGCAUGCCCGACACGGUGGAGGAGAUGUGUCCCGAGAUGCCUCGUCUGGACAAACUGCUCAAAGACGUCAACGAUAUUUCCGAGUCUGGGGCUCGCUACUGCGACAUGCCACAGGUCAUUGAGGUGAUCCUGCCCAUGCUGUGCAACUACCUGUCCUACUGGUGGGAGAAGGGUCCGGAGAAUUCCCCCCCUGACGCCGAAUGCUGCACCAUGGUGACCUCCGAACACCUCAGCAUCGUUCUGGGAAACAUCCUCAAGAUCCUGAACAACAACCUGGGGAUUGAUGACGCGCCCUGGAUGAAAAGGAUUGCAGUGUACUCUCAGCCAAUCAUCUGCAAAGCUGGAGCAGAUUUGUUAAAAUCCCACGUCCUGCCGACGCUGGACAAAGUCAGGAAGACAACGGUGAAGGUGGUGGCUGAGGAAGAGCUGCUGAAAGCUGACGGUAAAGCAGACGUCCAGGAGGCAGAGCUGCUCAUUUUGGAUGAGUUUGCCAUGCUCUGCAGGGACCUUUAUGCCUUCUACCCCAUGCUCAUCCGUUACGUGGACAACAACAGAUCCAGAUGGCUGAAGGAGCCAGAUGCCGACUCCACCGAGCUCUUCAGGAUGGUGGCCGAGAUCUUCAUCCUCUGGUGCAAGUCAAAUAACUUUAAGCGUGAGGAGCAAAACUUUGUGAUUCAGAAUGAGAUCAACAAUUUGGGUUUUCUGACCGGUGAAGGAAAGACAAAGAUGUCCAAGUCAGGUGGAGACCAGGAGAGGAAACACAAGCGUCGGCGUGGUGAAUACUACUCCGUUCAGACGUCUCUGAUUGUGGCUGCCCUGAAGAAGCUGCUUCCCAUCGGCCUGAACAUGUGCACCCCAGGAGACCAGGAGCUCAUCUCUCUGGCGAAGAUACGCUACAGUCUGAAAGACACAGAUGAUGAAGUUAAGGAGCACCUACGUCACAAUCUCCAUCUUCAAGAGAAGUCUGAAGAUCCUGCAGUUCAGUGGCAGCUGAAUCUGUAUAAAGACGUUGUGGUGAAGAGUGAGGAGUCUGGAAACCCAGACCAGACUGUGGAGAGAAUCCAGAGCAUCUCUGCUGCAGUCUUCCACCUGGAACUGGUGGAGCAGCCUCUGAGGAACAAGAAGUGUGUGUGGCAGAAGCUGCUCUCUAAGCAGAGGAAGCGCGCUGUAGUGGCCUGUUUCCGCAUGGCUCCCCUUUACAAUCUACCACGGCAUCGCGCUAUCAACCUCUUCAUCCCGGCCUUUGAGAGACUUUGGAUAGAUGCAGAGGAGUACUCCUUUGAGGAGAAGCUAGUUCAGGAUAUGGCAGUAAGUACUGGGCCCGACGUGCCCACGCCCCGCGUGCCCUGCGUUGGCGCCCCACUGCCAGUCCUGUCUGCAGAAUGCUUCUUUAGCUCCGCGCCCUUUGAGCCCUGGGAGCAUGCCCGGGUGGGGACCUCGCCCAAAGCACCCAGGGGCCCCGGCUCUAAGCGUGCUAGAUCCUUCAGGCUGAGAACCGUCAGGGGUCAGAGGCUGCAUGACCAACUCAGGAGACACAGGGCCAGCUCCGGCGCUCACAGCUCUAAAAAAGCAGGCUAUGGCUUUCUGACUGCCGCGAAAACCCCCAUGAAGAUUGUGGAGGAGGAGGAAGAGGAGGUGGCUGAGGUCCAGCCUGACCCUCUGCAACAACUCAUCCUCCACUUUAGCCACAACGCUCUGACAGAGAGAAGUCACUUGGAAGUAGAUCUUUUAUACAUUGCAUAUGCAGACAUGAUGGCAAAGAGCUGUGCAGAGGAUGAGGAAGAAGAGGAAGAAGAAGGGAAAGAGAAGACAUUUGAGGAAAAGGAGAUGGAAAAGCAGAAAAUCCUGUACCAGCAGGCGAGGCUGCACGCCCGUGGGGCAGCUGAGAUGGUGCUGCAGAUGAUCAGCGCCAGCAAAGGUCGCCUGGGCCCCAUGGUGACCUGCACCCUCAAACUGGGCAUCUCCAUCCUAAAUGGAGGCAAUGUGCACGUUCAGCAGAAAAUGCUUGAUUACUUGAAAGAAAAACGAGAUGCAGGCUUUUUCAAGAGUCUCUCAGGACUGAUGCAGUCUUGCAGUGUCCUGGACUUGAAUGCAUUUGAGAGGCAGAACAAAGCAGAAGGACUUGGCAUGGUGACAGAGGAAGGCUCGAGCUCCAAGGUGCUGCAGAAUGACGAGUUUACUAAAGACCUGUUCCGGUUUUUGCAACUUCUAUGUGAGGGACACAAUGGAGAUUUCCAGAACUUCCUGAGAACCCAAACUGGAAAUACAACCACAGUCAACAUCAUUAUCAGCACUGUGGACUAUCUCCUCCGUCUUCAGGAAUCAAUCAGUGACUUUUACUGGUACUACUCUGGCAAAGACGUCAUCGAUGAAACCGGAAAGCUCAACUUCUCCAAAGCUUUAUCUGUGGCCAAGCAAAUAUUCAACUCGCUGACUGAGUACAUUCAGGGCCCAUGCAUUGGGAACCAGCAGAGUUUAGCUCACAGCAGACUUUGGGAUGCGGUUGUGGGAUUCCUGCAUGUGUUUGCAAACAUGCAGAUGAAGCUGUCACAGGAUUCCAGUCAGAUUGAGCUGUUGAAGGAGCUCAUGGACUUGCAGAAGGACAUGGUUGUCAUGCUGCUGUCUUUACUGGAGGGUAAUGUGGUGAAUGGAACCAUUGGAAAGCAGAUGGUUGACACGCUGGUGGAGUCUUCAAACAAUAUGGAGAUGAUUCUCAAGUUCUUCGACAUGUUCCUCAAGCUGAAGGAUCUCACAACCUCCGACAACUUCAGGGAGUAUGACCCCGAGUUUAAGGGCAUCAUUUCUAAGAGGGAGUUCCAGAAGUCGAUGGAGACUCAGAAACAGUACAGCCAGUCCGAGAUCGAGUUCCUGCUCUCUUGUGCGGAGGCCGACGAGAAUGACAUGUUCAACUACAAGGAGUUUGUGGAGCGAUUCCACGAGCCCGCCAAAGACAUCGGCUUCAAUGUGGCAGUGCUGCUGACCAACCUGUCGGAACACAUGCCCCAUGACUCCCGACUUUCCACCUUCCUGGACGUAGCAGAGAGCUUGCUUAGCUACUUUGAGCCUUAUCUGGGUCGUAUUGAAAUCAUGGGCAGCGCAAAACGAAUCGAGAGAGUCUACUUUGAGAUCAGCGAGUCAAGCCGCGAGCAGUGGGAGAAGCCACAAGUCAAAGAGUCCAAGCGCCAGUUCAUCUUUGAUGUGGUGAAUGAGGGAGGCGAGAGUGAGAAGAUGGAGAUGUUUGUCAAUUUCUGUGAGGACACCAUCUUUGAGAUGCAGCUGGCCUCGCAGAUCUCCGAGCCCGACGUGGUUGAGCAGCCCGAGGAGGAGGAGGAGGAGGACGGACACAGCAUCCUGGAGGAGCUGACCGGGGAUGAAGAGGCCGCCCUGGAGUCGGCUUCCGCUUUCACCACAGCGUGCCGCUCCUUCAAGAAGAAGAUCUCCGAUGUCCGCCAGAUGUUCACCAUUAAGAACGCACGCAAGCAGUUCAAGAAAAUCAAGAAGCUGAGCAUCAAGGAGAUGAUCACGGGUUUCUUCUCCUUCAUCUGGAUGCUCUUCACCGGCUUCUUCAAGGGAAUCUUUGGUCUCAUCUUCGGUUUCUUCCACGUCAUCUGGUCCUCCAUGUUUGGCGGAGGGCUAGUCGAGGGAGCCAAAAACAUCAAGGUCACAGACAUCCUCGGAAACAUGCCUGACCCCACUCAGUUUGGUAUCCAUGGCGAUGUGGUAGAGGGGGACAAAGUGGAGGCCAUAGAGUCAUCGGGAAACUCGGACAUGGCCAUGGCACCGGCAGGGGACAUCACAGAGGUGGACGCGAUGUUGGAGAUGCUGAACAUGCCUAAGAAGGAGGGAGGGAAACAUGUGGAGCCGGGCCUGGGGGACGUUUCUGAGCUGACCGCCGAGCCCUCCACAGCCGAUCAGAAGAAGGUCUGUCAGAAGAAGGUUCUCCUGAUAGUCUGUGGGUGGAGAUCUUUGGGGCGUGUUGUCUCAUGGAAAUGCACUGUGUUACAGAAAGCUGCUGCCAAACCUGCCGAAACCCCCGAGAGUGAACCAGAGAAAGCAGACACAGAGAACCAGGAGAAGGAGGAUAAACCAAAAGAGGAAGAAGCCAAGGAGCCUGUGACGGAGGAGAAACCCAAAGCCAGACCUAGCCAGCCUAAAGAAGCGUCUCCUGCCAUCAUGUCCACCAUCUUUGCUAUUCUUGACAUCUACCUGACCAAGAUCCUGAACUACCUGGCCCGCAACUUCUACAACCUCCGUUUUCUGGCUCUGUUUGUGUGCUUCGCCAUCAACUUCAUCCUGCUCUUCUAUAAGGUCACCGGCGAGAGCGAAGAGGAAACUGAUGAUGACCUCGCCUGGGGUGAUGAAGAGGAGGAUGACGAGAACACUCUCUUUGACAUGGAUGAGUUCGUGCUGCAGGAGAGCACCGGCUACAUGCUGCCAACGCUGCGCUUCCUGGCCAUUUUCCACACCGUCAUCUCGCUCGUCUGUCUGGUGGGAUACUACUGUCUGAAGGUUCCUUUGGUAGUUUUCAAGAGGGAGAAGGAGAUAGCCAGGAAGCUUGAGUUUGACGGUUUGUACAUCACCGAGCAGCCGUCGGACGAUGACAUCAAAGGGCAGUGGGACCGGCUGGUGAUCAACACGCCCUCCUUCCCGAGCAAUUACUGGGACAAGUUCAUCAAACGCAAGGUCAUCAACAAAUAUGGAGAUAUGUACGGGGCCGAGCGCAUCGCCGAGCUUUUAGGACUGGACAAGAGCGCUUUAGACUUCGACCCCACAGUGGAGACGGUUGAGAAGGCAGCCUCCCUGCUUUCCUGGUUGAGCUCCAUUGACACAAAAUACCAUGUCUGGAAAAUGGGUGUGGUUUUGACUGACAAUUACUUCCUCUAUCUCAUCUGGUACACCCUCAUGUCCAUUUUUGGACACUUCAACAACUUUUUCUUUGCCGCUCACCUGUUGGAUAUCGCCAUGGGCUUCAAGACCCUCCGCACCAUCCUGUCCUCUGUGACUCACAACGGCAAGCAGCUUGUUCUGACUGUGGGUUUGCUGGCCGUGGUCGUCUACCUCUACACUGUGGUGGCCUUCAACUUCUUCAGAAAGUUCUACAAUAAGAGUGAGGAUGAAGACGAGCCGGAUAUGAAGUGUGAUGACAUGAUGACGUGCUACUUGUUCCACAUGUACGUGGGUGUGAGGGCUGGAGGAGGUAUUGGAGAUGAGCUGGAGGACCCAGCUGGAGAUCCAUAUGAGCUCUACCGCAUCCUGUUUGACAUCACCUUCUUCUUCUUUGUCAUUGUCAUUCUGCUGGCCAUCAUUCAGGGUUUGAUCAUUGAUGCUUUUGGUGAGCUGAGAGACCAGCAGGAGCAGGUGAAGGAGGACAUGGAGACCAAAUGUUUCAUCUGCGGCAUUGGAAACGACUACUUUGACCGGACCCCUCACGGCUUUGAAACCCACACCUUACAAGAGCACAACCUCGCCAACUACCUGUUCUUCCUGAUGUACCUGAUUAACAAGGACGAGACCGAGCAUACGGGCCAGGAGUCCUACGUGUGGAAGAUGUACCAGGAGAGAUGCUGGGACUUCUUCCCCACUGGAGACUGCUUCCGUAAACAAUACGAGGACCAGUUGGGUUAG